GUCUUGCGAAAUUAUAAAGGGAUGUGAUUCGCGCCUAUUUCUUUCUCUUGGGAUCUAGCUAGCUACCAUUGCAGUCGUGUUCGGCGUUUGUCCGACCGUUUUUUAACUGUAUUUUUCAAUUUUCCAAAAAAUGUAUAAUUCGGCCCUCAACACCUAAAUUUUAACCCAAUUAUUAAAGUAAAUUAUUAAAUUAGCUAGUCCCAGUGCGAAGAAAUAAAUAUGUCAACUUCAAAUGAUGAUUCUUCUUCAUCAGAGUCCGUUUUGCCUGCGGUGCAACCUUCCGCCCGCAGUGCCAACGCUGCUGUCGUAGCACCACCUUCACAGUUUCGUCCCCCACCAGCUCCUGCUGUAGUCCAACCUGUGGCAGACUUCAUAGAUGACAGGCAGCUUGCCGAGGUCGCUGAGGCGUCAGAACAAGCUAUCCAGGAUGUCCUGCGUCAAGACCGUCAUCGUAUGAAUCUGCUAACGGAUUAUAUUGCUACGCAUCCGCUGAUCCAAGCGUUCAUUAUGGGAAGGCGGACCACAUACACACACAUCGGGGUUGCAGUAAACUCGAUGACUGCGUCUCGUACCCUGGGCGGGGUACUUGCACUGGUAACUCGUCCCAGCGACCCUGAACCCUGUCGCUGCACCCACCUUGCCCACGGCAGCUGUCCCAACCCCCGCUGCCCGUACGAGAACCCUGUGCGUAAACUUUGGAAGGACAGAUUUCAAGCUUGCAUUACUGGCCUUGGCAACACAUCCGCCCUCCGCCUUCUCACAAUUUACAUCAGAACGCACCCCGAAGACGUGGAAUACGUUUAUGGAAUCCCGUUCCCCAUUAACCUAUUUGACACACAAUUGUUGCACUUUUUCCUCUCAUUCACCUACAACCUUGGCUUGAACUUCAAUCGUGACUUAGCUCAAAUAUUUCUCCGUACGACCCACUCACGCUAUAACAAUGACCUUCUAUCCCCCCUCCACAUCCGUGGGAACUCCACCCACAACCGGCUUCGUCCCUAUAGCUACACUGGUGCUGAAGUGUCACUGAUUGAGGAAAUAGAUGGGGCCCUCUUCAACUCCUAUGCCUUUGUGAGAGCUAACAUCAGGCCGCGGUCCUUCAGUAGGCAUAAUCUGCAGGUGCCACUUCCGCUAAUACUUGAGUGGCUCGAGAAAUUUGCUAUCCCCAAAGUGAUGGUGCUGCCCUCACCUGACACCCCCAACACCGUCAUUUUGUCUCAUUACCCGCAACCAAACACAAGGCUAGGACUAGAGAACACCGAUGACACAGAUUCAGACACCUCAGAUCCCCCCUCUCCCCCACCUCGACCGACUCCCGAACCUCGACCCCUACCCCGCCAAAACUUCAGCCCGCCCCCCACACACCACAGCCCGCCCCCCACACAGCACAGCCCACCCCCCCAACGCACCCCUCCAGCAAAUAGUAAACCUGUCACUCCCCCUCAGCCUCCCCGUUCCUCCCUACCUGACCACUCCCUGCCCUCAACAUCUUACGGCCCACCACCCCCCAACCAUCCAGUGGCCUUGCCAAGCACGUGGCUACCUCAGUACCUACAAGCAGCCGCUGGAGCGAGGAACGGUCUGAGGAACCUGAAUCUGCCAGAGGACCUCCGCCAGCUACUCAUUCUGGAGAUGUCGACAUUCCUCAUCGCCAACGGCAGACUAGUGGAUGACAGUUACCGUCCCAACCCGGCCGAGGCAGUUCUGGAGGUGGAGUCCUUUGUGUGCCGCCUAGUCGUCAACAUACAAAGAUUCCAUUAUGCCAGGAUGGCUUCCCCGCCACAAGACGAGGUGCUGGCAACAACCCUACACACUUCUAUCAACAGCGAGGCUGCUCCAACCCCACGCCGGGCAACUUCAACUCCAGUCCAGGGCGUUGGAAGGUGCGAAGUGUCUGCGGAUCAAUGUCCGCGGCAUGUGCUGAACUCUCCGGAUCCUGGAAACCGAUCGGACACCUCAUCCCCGUUUCACGGGUUUCCAUCUCCGCAGCCUUUGCCGAUGACCUCACCGCAGCCUUCGCCCCAGCCUUCCCCACAGGCUUCCCCCCCCACUCUCCUCAGCCAUCAGUGCAGCAUCCCCAGACGCGUCGUACGAGAGCAACCACUCGUGCAGGCUCUGCAGCGUCAACCAGUGAUGG